AUGAGCAGAGGCAGUAGCGACGAUGGAGGUGGCGGCGGUGGCGACACGGACGCCGGCAGGAGCGACGACGAGCGUUCGUUGUCAAGUGACAGUAGUGGCGGUGGCGGCGGCGUCGUCGUCGUCGGAGACGGUUGCCGGAGCCGGAGCAACAGCGCCAACAGCAACAACAACAACGGGAAAAAAGACACGAUUGCGGCUGUCGACGAGGUCGGUGGCGUCAUCGGCGCGGGUUUGAACAACAGUUUCAACUUUUUCGAGCUACCGGCCAACGCGGCCGCCAUGCCGUACAACUUGGAGUUGCGGAACGCUGGCGCGAGUGGAGUGUGGACCAAGACCCAGCUCCCCAAAGGUGUCAAGUACGGACCUUUCCUGGGCAAAUGGGGCCCGAAGCCGGUGGACUCGCGGUUCGCCUGGGAGGUGAGUGACGUGCAAACUACAUAA